AUGAUUUAUAUUGUAGAUCCCAAAGUCCUGAGCGAGCGCUUGCGUGGCCACAGAGACGCAAUUUGGUCAAUCGCCUAUCACUCUUCGGAUAAUCGUCUCGUUUCCGCUUCUUCCGAUGGUACAGUGAGGCUCUGGGAACCAGGAAACUUUGGUGAACCGCUUUUACGGUCACUGGAUGCUCCUUCAGCUGGACUCAUACCUACUUCGGUUGACUUUGUCUCCACUGAACCAAGCCAGCUCCUUACCGCUUACACAUCAUCGACUGCAACUAUUACCGAUAUCGAAACGGGUGCCACCAUCCUUUCAUUUGAUUUCGGCGAAGAUGAUGUAUCCCCUGGGAGUUGCAUAACUCGAAUUCUUUCCCACCCAACAAUGCCUCUGACAAUCACAGCCGGUGAUGAUCGCAAGAUUCGCUACUUUGAUAACCACACAGGAAUUUCCUCCCUUGCUAUUGAUCCUAAUGGACUCUAUUUGUUAUCUGGAAGUCACGAUGGCAGCCUCCGGAUGUGGAACAUGGAGAAGCGCGUGUGCUUGCAGGAAAUAUCCGCUCAUCGCAAGAAGUACGAUGCUUCUGUGACUUGCGUGGCAUUCCAUCCUUCGCGACCGCUAAUUGGCUCAGCUGGAGCCGAUUCAUUGGCAAAAGUGUAUUGUCCAGCUUCUUCUUAA